UAAGAAGUGGCCAGUUUUUAGCUCUGAAAGCCAGAAGCUUAAUUAUUCUCCUUUCGACCCAUGUGAGAAAAGUCAUUUCUCACUACCACAGCUGUCUUUCUAUUCUCAAAUCUCAACACUCCCAUCUUGAUGCAGAUCUUGUGAGCUAUACCUCUUCAACAGACCCUAUUAGCUGCACUAGUUGCUUCUCCACAUUCAUCAUCGGAAAAGGAUCUGCGGGCAAGCUCCAUUCCAGUAAUUAAUGGAGCCCCAUUUCCCUUCAUUUGCUGGUCUGCUCACCAAGCUCUGCACUCCCACGAUAUUGUUGCUUGUCUUGCUUUCUUCCUCUACUUUCACCUCCACAGAAGCUUAUGAUGCUUUGGAUCCUAAUGGGAACAUCACCAUCAAAUGGGAUAUCAUAAGCUGGACUCCAGAUGGCUAUGUUGCGACAGUUACCAUGUUCAACUUCCAGCAGUACCGUCAUAUUCAAGCACCAGGGUGGACUCUGGGAUGGACAUGGGCUAAAAAGGAAGUCAUUUGGAGUAUGGUGGGCAGCCAAACUACCGAACAAGGGGACUGCUCCAAGUAUAAAGGAAAUGUUCCUCAUUGCUGUAAGAAGACACCAACUGUGGUGGACUUGUUGCCUGGAACUCCUUACAACCAGCAGAUUGCAAACUGCUGCAAAGGCGGAGUGAUUAAUGCUUGGGCACAGGACCCAGCCGGCGCAGUUUCCUCCUUCCAAGUCAGUGUUGGAGCUGCUGGAACCACUAACAAAACUGUCAGGGUGCCCAAGAACUUCACUCUGCUAGCACCCGGUCCUGGUUAUACUUGCAGCCCGGCAAAGGUCGUGAGACCUACUAAAUUUCUGACUGCUGACAAAAGGAGGGUCACUCAAGCUUUGAUGACCUGGAAUGUUACUUGCACAUACUCACAAUUCCUGGCGCAAAAGACGCCAACCUGUUGUGUUUCCCUCUCAUCCUUCUAUAAUGACACCAUAGUGGGCUGUCCAACUUGUGCCUGUGGUUGCCAAAACAAGACGGCUGGGAGCUGUGUAAAUUCGAAAACUCCACACUUAGCCUCAGUAGUUUCACCUCCAGGCAAAACCGACCUAACUCCUCUGGUUCAAUGCACCAGCCACAUGUGUCCAAUCCGAAUCCAUUGGCAUGUGAAGCUUAACUACAAGGAGUACUGGAGGGUGAAAGUCACCAUCACUAAUUUCAAUUACAGAAUGAAUUACACACAGUGGAAUCUAGUUAUGCAACACCCCAAUUUCGAUAACCUUACCCAGAUUUUUAGCUUCAACUACAAGUCAUUAACUCCUUAUGACGGCUUCACAGAUGAUACAGCCAUGCUAUGGGGAGUUAAGUUCUACAAUGAUUUCCUGUCACAAGCUGGUCCCCUGGGGAAUGUCCAGUCAGAGCUUCUCUUUCGGAAAGAUCAGUCAACAUUCACCUUCGAGAAGGGAUGGGCUUUCCCCAGGAGGAUUUACUUCAAUGGUGAUAACUGUGUGAUGCCUCCACCAGAUGCAUAUCCCUGGUUGCCUAAUGAUGGUUACCAAUCAACUAUGUCUCUACUUCAAGCACUCACGACAGCACUGCUGUCUUUCAUCGUCCUCUUAGCUUAUGCGUGAUGAAUCAGCGACAUAGAACAGAGCAAGACAAUCUGGGAUGUUGUAUUUGGUCUGAGAUACAGAAACCAUUGAGGAAAUUUUACAGACUAUUACUCCAGGUGUCUGGCUGGCUGCAUGUUAAGAAGAAGCUCAAUGGGAUUGCAGAAAAGGACGAUUGCUUGUAACCACAGAUAUCUGCUCUGCAAUUCUGUUUGGGCAAAUUGAAUUUAUGUUGUGCUCUACUUUUUGUUUGUUGAGAGCUAGAGUUCUUUUUGUGUAUACGUAUUUAUGUCAGACACUUGAUAUACCAGACUUCAAUAUCACCCUCUAUUAUUUAUAUAAUCUCUCUCUUUUGUAUGGUUAAUCUACGAAGAAUCCACAAUAAUGUAUUGUUUUUGGUCCCUA